GGCGGUGGUGGCGGCGAUGGCGGACGGGGCGGGUAGCAACGGGGACGCCGCGGGGCUGCCGGUGGGCAAGGAGGCGGUGGAGCGCCUGAUCCGGGAGAACGGGCACAUCUUCACGGAGGCGCAGUGCAAGGUGUGCAGCGCGCUGCUCAUCUCCGAGUCCCAGAGGCUGGCUCACUACCAGAGCAAGAAGCACGCCAACAAGGUGAGGCGGUACCUGUCCAUCCACGGCGGGGAGGAGCGCGGCCCCGGUAAGAAGAUGAAGCUGGAUGCGAAGCAGGAUAGCAAGCAAGAAGGCAGCAACGGGGAAGACAGGAACAAGUGUUGUCCCAUCUGCAACAUGACCUUCUCCUCGCCAGCAGUGGCAACAUCUCAUUACUUGGGCAAGACUCAUGCCAAGAACAUGAAGCAGCAGUCCCCCAGACUGGAAGAAGCAGUGCCCCCACUGAAACAUCCUGCCACACUCCCCACCUCUACUGCGUCUUCUAACGAAGAGAACAAGGACAUUACUGACCCAGACAAGUUCUGUAGCCUCUGCCAUGCCACUUUCAACAACCCCCUUAUGGCAAAACAGCAUUAUGUAGGCAAGAAGCACAGAAAGCAAGAGACCAAACACAAGCUGAUGGCACACUAUGGCCGAACCCCUGAUGCAUCGGCAUCGUCCUUCAUGGCUGGGAAGGGAUACCCCUGCAGCACAUGUAACAUAGUACUGAACUCCAUAGAGCAGUACCAAGCUCACAUCAGUGGCUUCAAACACAAGAAUCAGAUGCCAGGAGCAGUGUCGGUUGUUGGACCAUUCCAGCCCCAGCAGUAUGUCCGGGAAGAGUCAACUGCCCCAGGAGGCUACAGUUAUUUCAGCCAAGACUUCUAGAGCAAGUUGCAGCACUGUUCUUGGAGUUGUUGGUGGCCCAAGAACGCACAUCCUUUGCCAGCCCACAAUGGUUUCAUUAUCCCUCUGGAUAAGCAAAGCCCUACCCUCCUGUAUGCACCCGUUGAGCAGAACGGGGACUGAAUCUGUCAGAAAAAGGAUCCAGCUGGAAGAGACUUGCUAGACAACAAAUACUUCACUCCCUUAGAGUAGUUUUCAUUGUGUAAUUGCUUCCUGUGAAGGUGGGUGCGAUGUGAGAGGAAGUGUGUACCUGGUCAAAGGAGGGUUUGGCAACAGGCUGGUGGUGGCCACCUCCUCCCUCACCAGAGCAAAUAAUGGAUUCCUGCACCUGGAGGGCAGCAUCCCGUGCUCAGAGGUGGCUUUUGCUGGAGGAGAGCUCCUCUAGACCGUAGCGAGCAGCAUAGAUGGGACACGGUGCAGGCUGCUUGGUUUUGUAUAGGUUAAAGUAGGAAAUAACCAGUGUGGCGUCUCCUUCCGAAACUCCUCCAGUCAGGUUUGUGUGCAGGGUUCCAUGUGUCACUGAUUGCCAUCAGAGCCUUUUGCAGCCACUGGUUCUGGAGCUGGGUUAUUUGGGUCUGUCUCACAUGUAGUAACAACUUCUAGUGUGUAAACUGCUGCUGGUGGGAGCGCAGGGCUGUGAGAAAGGUGAGAGCUUCUGGCUUACCCCAGCCUUCUGCUCCAAGGGUUUCCACGUGGAAGGAAGUAACUGUUCAGCCUGGUUUCCUAUGGAAACAGGUGUAUGUGAUCAUUCACGGUGUGUGUCUUUACCCCCUGCAACUUAAACUCAGCCAAACUUGGCAGUGGUGGAGAUCUCCAAGGUCUGAAUGCAGUCAGCAGAGGAAGGUAGAGCAGGGUGGGUUCAUCUCUUAAUUCUGUUGGGUUCUGCAUGGAAGUACAGCAUUUUCCCUGCUGCUACCAAAACACUCUGGGGAAGGAGGGUUUUAAGGGAAAAGAGAGAAUAAAUCUAGAUGCAGCAGAAGACUGUAGUAUAACGUAGUCAAUUCAUCCACAAUCUGGUAAACCUGCCUUAGUUAGUCCUUCAUUAGACACUACUUGCCCAGCUCUCCUCAAAAGUUCUUACACAUUUCUACCGUCCCAGAAAAGGGGUGCUCUGUAUUUCAAACCCAGAAAUUAAGACUGAUGGUCUCUUCAUGGUGCUAAUGUACAAGAUCUGUUAGAAAAGGCCCCUGAAGGAAGGGCAGCACCUGAGACCUGCUGUGUGUUUUGGAUGAGUUCUUUAGAUGCUUUGCUUUAAACUAAGGUAUUGCCUGUUCUGUGCUAGCCCACCGCAAGAGUCCAGGUGGUGGGGUGCCCUCAUGUUCAGUGCCAGUGCUCUUGAGUCAAGCAUCCCAUGUCCCAGCAUGCCAGGGUGGGUGAGCCAGGCUGCUGCCUCCUGCCUGGCCCCAGCAGCUGCUGGAGGACCCUCUGGGCCCUCAGCUCACAGGUUGUGUGCCAGGGGAGCAGCUGAGCCGCGCUGGAGAGGCACUUCCCAAAUCCGCUGGUCAGGUUAAGUAAGGAGAGAGUGAGCUGUUUGCUAAUCCCAGUGCUUGGAGUGCCUGCCUUCCCUUCCCCACUCCAGGCUGUGCAUGAGCUUUGUUUUCCUUUACCCUGCACAGAAUCUGCCAUCUUCCCUUAGGACAGGCUCCUGCUGGUCUGGGUUCGCCUUCCUAAUGUUUUCCGGGCUUGCUCUGCUGCUGAGGCGUGACCUUAAUCUCCUGCUACAGAGGGGAGUCCUUUUAAACCUUGCAAGCUGAUCAGCGAGUAGAAAAUUGUGAUGACCUGAAGGAAACUGUGUGCCUGAUAGCCCUGGAUGGCCUCCAGCUCCGAACUCUGCUGCUUUGCUCUCAUCCUGCUGUACCAGGGCAGGUGCCCACUAGAAGUGCUGUGCAUCGACACCAAGAGGGACCCAUUUCCAGCACUGCCCAGUCCGGUGUGUCACUCCUGUCUGUGUACUGACAGCUUUGCCUUCCCCUGUACACAGUGUUUAUGUAUCUGCUGUUUCCCUAAGGUGAAGCUCUCCAAAUAGAGUGUUUAUUACUA